AUGUCUGAUCAGAGGCCUUUGGUUAGCAUGAAGAAGACCUUUUUUUACAAUUUCUUUCCCACAAAAGCUGAAGAAGAAGCUUGCAAAAUUAACAACACUCCACAUGAAGUGACUCGAGAACUGGUGGAGAUAAGGGACUUAUACCCUGCCCCAAGAAUCGAUCUGCAAAACCCAUGGAAGAUCAAGAAAAAUAUUACCCAUGACGAGAUCGUUGUGGGAAUGCUGAUGAUUCCAUUUUUUGAGAUGCUUGAGUACAUCCUUCGUUACUGGACUUUGGACGUGGCAAAAAGUUUGGAGAAUGGAUGCAAGGUAUGUGUUGACAUGUGGGAUGUAACUGAGGAGAAUAUCCCUAAAAAGUGUGAAGGUGGAAGUGUUUGGUUCAGGAAGUUGUUCAAUGGUGAUUUUUAUCUUUGGUCCAUCGAAUUGUUCAAAGCUCGCAUAUUGGGCGAUGGUGAUGAAAUUGGGCUUUAUUGGGAUCCUAGAUCUUCAACUCUAGUGUUCAAAUUGCUUUCUCAGCUUUCAUUAGAGGCAAGGGCCAACUUGGAAUUCUGGAUGGAUCAAAGGAUGUACCUGCAGAAGAUAAACAAAAAGAAGCUUGGGAGGCUCAUAUGGAAAAAUCUGGCCAGAGAAUUUGAAUUAGAAAGACUACUUGUGGAAUCUACACAAGAGCAAGAUCAGGUUUUUGUUGCCUCUGUCCCUGUGGAUGGACUGAACUUUAAAGGACUUCAUGGCUACAAUGAAGAGGAUAAGGACAAUAUAAUUUCUAAUGAAUCUCAGGCCUGA